GCUGUGUGUUCUGGAAUUGGCUAGCAUAAAUCGUUAGCAUCAACGAAGGGUGUAUCUACAGAUUCAUUUGUUCAAUAGAGCAGAACUUCCACCAUGGCUUCAAAACUGAAAUACACAGAUCCACCUUCUAAAGGGGAAGUUAAACACAGAAGGACCCAGCCGCCAUCUUUUAGACAAACAACUCGAGAUGAAGAUAAAACAAAGAACUGCUACUUUUACAAAGAUGGGGACAACAAAUUUGCUGGAGUCAGAGUCUGCAUCAACCCGAGACGAUACAAACGACUUGAUGCCUUAAUCACAGAUCUGUCCACUAAGGUGAGAGGUUUGCCAUAUGGCGUCCGAAGUAUUUUCACUCCGAGAGGCCGUGACAUGAUUACAUCGCUUGACAACCUGGAAAACAAUGAGAGCUAUGUAUGCUCCACCAUGAGGCAUCAGGCCCGAGGAGUCGAUCCCAACAGAGUUCUGGCUCCUCCCAGAUGGCAUUUCACGAAACCUUCCAGUGGAAACAAAGAGUACAAUACACUGCUUCAGGAGCAAGAAUUUGAAAAUGAAGCUCGCUAUGUGGGAAGGCAGACGUUACCUCGGGACGCCAGGAUGGCUUAUGCAUACAACAGAAAUCAGCCCAAGAAAAUCACAUGCCUCAAGAAUGGUGACCCCGUAGUGAGACAUGUGGUCCUCAUCAAUCGACGCACAGCUCAGACGUUUGAACAGAUUCUCUCAGAUCUCAGUGGCAUGUUCCUCAUGGCCAUCAGAAAACUUUACACAAUUGAGGGGAAAAAAAUAACUAAUCUGACUGCAAUGAUCAACGGCCCUGAUGUACUGGUGGCAGGGGGAAAAGAACCUUUCAAGUCUAUGAGAGGCUUUGUUUAUGAGCCCCUCCCCCCAGAACAUUCCCCGACUCGUCGCAGCAGGAUAGGCAUGUAUGACCGCAACGCUUCCCGCAUGAGAAGCAGGACAGACUUCCACCAGGAUGGUGUGGCUACAAGACUGAAGAAAAGAAGGGAUAGGAUGAUGAAAACACGGGGAAACUGGAGAAUUUCUUGUACAACGAAUGAGCUACCAACUGCUGGAACCCAUGCUCAAGUCUUCAUUACAGUGUACGGUCACAAAGGAAAUUCUGGACCAGUACCUCUAGGGUUCCCAGAUAAUUCCUGCUUUAAUCCAGGCCAAGAGGAUGACUUUGAACUCAAUCUGGGUGCUGGCUUGGGAGAAAUUUACAAAAUCAGAAUUUCUCACGACAAUACAGGAGAAUUUCCAGGCUGGCUCUGUGAUGAGAUCCGGAUGGUGGAUACGGACACGGAUGAGAAACUGGUUUUCCCGUGUAGAAGAUGGCUGUCUCGAGAGGAAGAUGAUCAUGAGAUUUGCAGGGAGAUACCAGCUGUAAGAAAAGGAGAGCCUCACUUGCCCAUUAUCAAAUACGAGGUGGCAGUCGUCACUGGGGACCUGUGGAAUGGUGCCACUGAUGCCAACGUGUAUUUGACCAUCUAUGGGGACCGUGGGGAUUCUGGCGUGCGCCAACUCUACGUGUCAGACAAGGAGCGAGCCUUCAACAAAGGACAGACGAACCGCUUCACAAUUGAGGCUGUGUCUCUGGGUCACCUGAAGCGAGUCAUUGUGGGUCAUGACGGCACUGUGCCAGGAGAUGGCUGGUUUCUGGAGAAGCUGAGUAUUCAGGAACCUGAUGCCAAGCCUCAUGAGAUCUAUCAGUUUUACUGUGGCAGAUGGUUGGAUGAAGGUGAGGAUGAUGGAAAAAUUGUGAGGGAACUGAAAGUGCAAGAUGAGUAUAUGGACGAUAUACUGGAGAAGAGAAACUGGGAGUUCGAGAAAUGGAAGUUUGAGAGCAAGAAUCAAGUGAUGUUUAUCUCUAAGCUGACAGGGAAGAGUCUACGUAUCAAAGGAGAUGGCUCCGUGGAUGGCCUUGGAGAAGAGGAGGACCCGGGAUCUGUCUUCAUUGUGUCUUCCAAGAAACCCAUGGUUCGAAUCUUCACCAGUCUUCUCAAUGGCAACUACCACAUGGCCAUUGAUCAUGGCAAAAUCACUGGACAGGGCCGAGGUGGACCGCAGUGUGAGUUCCGCCUCCACGUGCAGUCCGACCGGACGGUGAUGCUGGAAGGUGCCAAGGCUCCUCUUCAGUUCGUCACGCUGGAGGAGAACGGCAAGCUGGGAGAUUCCAGGUCCACCCUGGACAAAGACCCGGCCAAGAGGUUCCAUGUUUAUGCAAAGGGUGUCAUGCGCCAUAGAGGCAUCAUCAUGCUGAAGACUUCCAACACCCAGGCCGUCAGUGUAGACCACGACAAGAACGUGUACGCCACCGGCCGCUGCAACAAAGCGGCGCAUUUCCGGGUGCACAAAGUAGCCGAUGGAGGGAUCCGCAUGUUUGAGAGUAUGAUCUACCCAGGUUUCUACCUGCGGAUGAAGGAGGGCAAGCUGGACUGCAAUGGUACAUUUGAUGACGAUGAUGAAGAGGGAAGCCGCAACGAGGAAUCUCAUUUCCUGGUGGAGAAGCACAAGGACAAAGGCUACUUCACGCUGCAGCAACACAAGCAGCGCGGCAUGUACGUCGGCUUCACCCCGCGCGGCACGGUGCGACCCACCAUCGACUCAGGCACCAACAACAUCCACGUCUUCCCUGAAGUGGUCGAGUUUGGCAUCUCGAAACAACAGCUGACAGAAGAAAAGCUCACCCCCAUCUCUGAAGGUGAAGGCUACAUGGAGACCCCGAGGUCGCGUGUGUCUCCAGAUUCGAAGCAGCCGGCCAAGCUAGAGAUUGAGGAGGGAGACUUCAGGGUCCUGGUGAGUACAACAGAAAGCAUGGAGCAGGGCAAAGUGGCCUUGGUCGUCUUUGGGGACAAGGGCAACUCCGGGCCCAUCAUUCUGCAGGGACCCACAGAGAAUGGACCACUUUUCAAGGCUGGCAACUCGGAUGAGUUCAAGGUGAACCUGGCUACUGUUGGGAAGAUCAACAAAGUGAGAUUGGAACUGAUUCCUCGUAGCCAGAACAGAGAGCCCUCUUGGAAAGUACAGAAACUGAUGCUCACAGACAUGAACACACAGGAAAAGCUUGUUUUCAAUUACGAUCGCUGGCUGUCCAGAGAAAGAGAGGAUCAAGAUCUGAUGAGAGAGUUACCUGUCGUGAGGGUUGGACAGGAGAAGGAAAGCUUGCCUGUGGUCAAGUACGUUGUGACAGUGUACACUGGCAAGGACCCUGGCUCUGAGACUGAGGCGCAGAUCUACAUCAACAUGUUUGGUGACAUUGGAGACUGUGGCAAGAGGUGGCUGCGACUGACCAACAGACCCACACCCUUCCAACGUGGUCAGGCCGACACAUUUGAGCUAGAGGCAGUACACCUGGGCAGCCUUAGCAAAAUCCAGAUUGGUCAUUCAGAAACGCGACCCGGAGAUGGAUGGUUCCUGGAUAAGGUUGUUGUCCGAGAGGGGAAGUCUGCCAACAUGGAGUUUGUGUUCCCCUGUGGAAGAUGGUUUGACUCUGGCAUGGAAGACAGAAAGCUGGAGAGAAUCGUCCUUGUUCAGGAACCAGCCCCCACCAAGAUUUCUCCUGAAGAACUUCCAAUUGAAAAGACGAAAGAAGCUAACACCAGCAUUGUAGUGAGCACUGGUUCACAAAGUGGAGCGAUCAUGCAGGACACCGUUGUCCUCUAUGUCUAUGGCUCAGAUGGAAAAGCAGGACCCGUGCAGCUGGGUAGUGGCAACGAUGACCUUUUCAAACCUGGGACCACAGAUGAAAUAAAGGUCAACAUUGAACCUGACGUUGGACAUCCUUACAAAGUGCGUGUUGGGCUGAUGGAAGAAGUCUUUGGCUAUGAAUGGCAUCUUGAUAAGCUGCUCGUAAAAGAUGUCAACUCAGGGAACGAACUACAAUUUGACGUUGACCGCUGGAUGUCGAGGCAGAAAGAUGACUGUGACGUUUGGCGGGAAUUGCCAGUCACUAGACCAGAUGGCCUGCCUUUGCCAGUGGUCACCUAUGGCAUUGAGGUUCACACCGGGGAUAUACCAGGGGCAGACACUGAGGCGCCCGUCUUCAUUAACUUGAUGGGCCAAAGAGGAGAUUCUGGGAUGCGGAGGUUGUAUGUUACACAGACGGAAGGAAAGAUGUUCUCUCAAGGAAAGAUUGACAGAUUCACCCUGGAAGCUGUGUCACUCGGUGACAUCACAUCGGUCACCAUUGGUCACUCUGACAGGACCCCAGGGAAUGGCUGGUACUUGUCCUAUGUGGCGAUAACAGAGAAAAAUUCUUCCGACCUGCCAGUGGAGACUUUCUUUCCGUGCGACAACUGGCUUGAUGCAGGACAUGAGGAUGGGAGCACGGAGAGAGAGCUCAGACCUGGCCAAAGACCUAAGCCAAAAGCCAAGUCCAGUGGAGAGUAUACGAUGUGGAUCACAACAGCUGAGGAUUCUCAGCCGGCAUACGGAGGCAAAGCAACCCUGGUUAUCUAUGGCGAGAAGGGUCGCAGUGAGGACAUCAACUUGUUUGCACCCAACAGUACUGCCAGAUUGUUUGAGCCUGGAAAUUCUGAUGAGUUUGAGGUUUCCGCUGGUGACAUUGGAGAAAUUUACAAAAUCCGUGUUUCUCGAGACGACAAUCCAGACUGGCGGGCUUGGCAUUUGGAAGAGGUGAAACUGAAAGAUAAAAGCACAGAUGAGACCUAUGUGUUUUCCUUUAAUCGAUGGAUGUCAAGAGACAUGGAAGAUGGAGAUCUGUCUCGAGAGCUUCCACUGGUUGCUGCAGACAAGGAACUUUUGCCAGUGAAAAUCUAUGAAGUGCAAGUGACAACUGGAGACCACUGGGCGGCAGAGACUGAUGCUACUGUAUCCCUCACCAUAUUUGGCUCCAAUGGUGAUGCUGGUGCCAGAAUUUUACACAGAGCAAAGAAAAAUGGGAAAAGGAAGUUCAUUCGUGGUGGGACUGACACUUUCACUGUUGAAGCUGUGGACCUGAAAGAGCUGUCCUCUGUGGUUGUCAGUCAUGAUGGGAAGGGUCCUGGCUCAGGCUGGUUCUUGGAACAUGUUGUCAUCAGAGAAUCUGCUGCUCCUAAGGAAAGUUUUGUGUUUCCCUGUGGUCGCUGGCUGGACGAAGGCGAGGAUGAUGGGAAGACAGAACGCAUGCUGAGAUUGAUGGAGCUUCCUCAGACCGCUGUAUCACAUGAUGUGCCUUCUGAAUGUGGUGGGCAGUGGAAAAUCACGGUGAGAACCUCUGAUUUCCCCGGCUCUGAUACCCGAGCCCAAGUGUACCUCACAGUGCAUGGCACCCAGGACAUCUCUCACCCCAUACCACUAGGAGAUGGCUCGGCUUCAUCCUCGCAGUUUGCUCAGGGGAGAGAGUCGGAGUUUGACGCGAACAUAGGCGAUAUAGGGGAGAUAACCAAGAUCAGACUGGAGCAUGAUGGUCGGAACAAUGACCCGUCAUGGCAUGUGGAUUGGGUGCAAAUGAAGCAUGCUGAUACAGGAUUUGACUGUCUAUUCACAAUCAAUCGUUGGCUGGCAGAGGAUCAGGAAGACGGGCAGCUCUUUAGAGAAUGUGCCUUGGAAACCCCGGGCUGGAUGCCAACCCCUGUGAUGCGUUACCUGGUGCUGAUACAAACUGGCAGACUUCCCAACUCUGGGGCUCACGGAGGGGUCAGCUCCAUCUGUCUGACCGGCACAAACGGAGACUCGGGCCAGCAGCUUCUGACUCGCCCAUUAGCCAGUGCCUCGGAGAACAUGAAGGAAGGGAUCUUGGACGUCUACAUGCUGGAGGCAGUCAGUGUUGGGGAGAUCACAAGUGUGCGGCUUGGUUUUGAAGGGAAAGGCCGAGCCAAAAAUUGGUUUGUGGAAAGUGUCAAGGUGAUGGAAAGUCUCUGGUCUUUGUCUGAACAUGUCUUCCGUGCAAAUUGCUGGCUGGAUGAUGACGAAAACAGCGCGGUUGUUCUUGGACUGUCUGAAACUGGUGUAGCUACAUCUCUGCCUAACGGAAUUGACUAUGCCUUACUGGGUCAUAAACAUCCUGACGGGAAAGGAUCGUUUGACAUCUGGGUGUGGACAGGAGCCCAGGAAAGUGCUGGCACUACAGACCCGGUACAUCUUGUGUUGUACGGCACUGCUGGACCAUCAACCCCUGUGCACCUCAACAAAGAUUCAGAACUGCGUCCAAGUUCUUGCAUACACACUCAGGUUGACUCUGUUAGCAUUGGACAAAUUUUCAAACUGAGAUUGUCCUUCCCAGACAAAGUGGGAAACUCUUCUUGGUUCCUAGAGAGGAUCAAGCUGAAGGACAAGGAUACAAAGCAAGAGUUCAACUUUGAGUACAGCAACUGGAUCCAGAGCACUAAUGACAACCUGGACGGGCUUGUUGAAAUUCCUGCCAUAAGACCUGACAUAGCACCUUUACGAGAAUGCACAUACAAAGUGAAGAUAACAACGGGUAAUCUGCCUUGUUCUGAGACUUCAGCUGAGGUCAAUUUCAUGCUCAUCGGGCAGUGGGGAGACUCCGGUCAAUGUUAUUUGAACAAGUCACUGAGCAACCGAGAACCGUUCAAAAGAGGACAGACUGAUGACUUUGAGCUCAAACUUCUGUACCUGGGAAAUGUGUCAAAGCUGUUCAUUGGCCACGAUGAACACGGCCGAGGAAGAGGUUGGUUCUGUGAACAAGUGGUCCUCACCGCCACAGAUGAAAAAGGUGCUCAGUCGGAUGUAAUCUUUGCCUGCAACAGAUGGUUUGAUACAGGAGUCGAUGACCGCCGUACUGUGAGAGAGUUUACUCCACUGGGCAGCAUUUCACACACAGACAUUGUGAAGGGCGAUGUGCGGGCCGCAUCACGUGGUAUUUGGACAUGCCAAGUCAGGAUGGCAGCCCAGGAAAAAAUGGAUGUGAGUGAAAUAGCGUCUGCCCGCUCCCACUUAGUGUCGCUGGUUAUAUACGGAACUCACGGUGUGACCGGGCCCAUGGAGCUGGGAGAGACGCAGGCAGAUCGGUUUGCACCGGGUCAAGUGGAGACUUUCAAGGGUUUGAACUUUGGAAACAUUGGGGAGCCAACAAAAGUACGGGUCAGCUCAGGCAUUGAAGGUGAUAAAGAUGCCAUGUGGACCAUUGAAGAGGUGAUUCUUCAGGAUGAGACCACCAAAGAAAAACUUCAUUUUGACUUCAGCGGUUGUGUUGGUCAAAUAGGGGGUGAUGUUCGAAAGGAGAGACCAGUGCUUCUUCCUGGUGCUAAAGUUCCACCUUUGGUAACGUACACAGUGCGAGUGCACACAGAAGAUGUUGACCGUGCGGGAACGACGGCAAAAGUCUACGCCACUCUGUACGGCUCUAAAGGUGACAGUGGCAGGAGGCUGCUGCACACAAAGGAAGGGAUGGCUCCUUUCAGACAGGGCCAGAAAUUACAGUUUGAAAUUGAGGCGGUCGACCUUGGUGAUCUCGAGAAAAUGGUGCUAACAAAAGGUCCUGGCGACCCAUGGAUGCUCAGCCAAGCUGUGGUGAAAGCGGGACCUUUUGGGCCUCUGGAAAAUGUAUUUAUAUGGAGCAAUUGGAUUGGCAGUUCAGAAGAGCGAGACAAGGAAGUCGAGGUUACACUUCCAGUGAUUUCAGGAAAGCCAAGCUCUGUUGCCGUGCCGACUACUGACUUCCCAGAUUUUCCUAUCACAAGAGGCCACUGGACUAUGGAAGCCAUCACGGGCCCUGAGGGCACGAGAGGGGACGCCACUGAUGUUGUCGUUGUGUUUGCCGGAACAAAGGGGGAGAGUACCCCAGCUAAAUUGAAAUUCAGAAGGGAUAACCCAUUCCAAGCCGGCAUGACUGACAGUAUGGAGCUUAACCUGACCGAAGACGUUGGAGAUUUGGUCAAGGUCCGUCUAGGGUUCGAGGACAAUUCUGAACACAAAUCCUGGCAUGUGAAGAAGGUUGUUUUUGAAGACACAGAUACGAGAGACACAUUCUGGUUUACUCUGAAUGACCAUGUCAAAGUGGAUGAUGUGGCCGAUGGAUGGAAAGAAUUCCCAGUUGUUUGGCCAGGAAUUUUCAUAUUACCAAUCAUCCAAUACAGCAUCACGGUAGAAACAGGAGAUGUACCGGAGGCAGGCACCAGUGCGCAGAUUAUGUUGAAAGUGGAUGGAGAAACGGGCAGCACAGGAUUCAGAAUGUUGAAGGAUACGAGGACGAGUGAGGCAAAGUUUCAGCUUGGCCAGAGCAACACAUUUGUGAUUGAAGCUGUCAGUCUCAUGAACCUUGAGAGUGUCACUAUUGGCCAUGCAAAUAAAAGUCCCGGUAUGGGAUGGUUCCUCAACAAAGUGACUGUGAGACCAAGUAGUGAAGAAGAAGAUUAUGUGUUCCCAUGCAACAGGUGGCUGGACGCAGGUCAGGAUGACGGGCUAACAAUGAGGACACUACACGUUGGUGAAGACGUGAGCACCAUUGCCCCAGAGACAAACCGUUCCUCCAGAAUGCCCUCAGCAAUGGUGGACGUAGAAGACGUACCAGAGCCUGUGGAGGAGAAGCCUGUGACUCCAAAAGCUCAGACACCCGAACCGGAGCCCCAGCCAGAGCCACCAGCGCCACCACAGAAAGCCUUCAGCUAUGAGGUGACAACUGUAACUGGAACUGGAGUGGGUCACAAGACAAAGAGCGACAUUGUGCUCAUCCUGUACGGAGACAAGGGACACUCGGAGGCUUUGGUGCUGGAGCAGGAGAAUUCUACUCUCGGCGACGAGCAGUCACAGCUGUUUGAAAUUUCCACAGAUGAGAAUGUUGGAGAUCUCUACAAAAUUAGAGUGGGAUUUGAGAAUGCUGGGAAAGAAAUGGAAUGGUACACAGAACCAAAUUCCUGCCCAUCAUGGUUUGGUGACAUGAUAAAACUGAGAGACAAGAAGUCGGGGAAGGCUUACGAAGUUCUGAUGAAGCAGUGGGUCCGCAUGGAGGAUGACCAUGACUACUGGCGAGAGUUUCCCGUGGCUCAAGACAACCCAUCUGACACCCUGCCAGUGAGAGACUACUUGGUGGAUGUGUUCACCGGCCAGCAGAACGGCUCUGGAACAAACGGCCAUGUCUUCCUGCAGCUCUCUGGAGAUCACGGGGACAGCGGAUUGCGACAUCUGCAUGGGUCAAGGACAAAUGCAAACAAAUUUGAAACAGGAUCUCAUGACUUAUUUAGGAUUGAAGCAGUUGAUCUGGGAAAACUGAACACAGUUAAAAUACACUUGGAAGGAUAUGGACAGAACCCGACAUGGUAUUUGGACAAAGUGGAAGUGAAGGAAUCAGAAGAAUCCUCUCAAGUUUUUGUCUUUGAAUGUGACAGGUGGCUCUCCGGAGAAGCGCCGAGUCAGCUGACCGUUGAGCUUCCGCUGACGUCCGUCCAAGACACACCCAGGGUCCAGGCGGAGGAGGUCGUGGAGGCCCCAGAGGAGCCAGAGGAAGAGAAGCCAAAGCCUGGGGACUGGCGAGUCUACGUGAUGACAAGUUCUGAGCCCGGCAGUGGGACAGAUGCCAAGGUCACCUUGACGGUUUUGGGGGACAAAGGCAGUUCUGGGCCACUCGUGCUUGGCGCAGCGGGUCAAGACUUUUUCUCUGAAGGACAAACAGACCAGUUUGAUGUGUGGCUGGAACCGGAGGAUGUUGGACAGAUACAGAAAGUUCGCCUGGAACAUGAUGACUCGGGACAAGCGGCAGGGUGGCGAGUGGAUCAGCUUGUGAUGGAGAACCUGUUCAAUGGAGAGAAACUCUCUUUUGUUGUUAACCGAUGGCUCAGCUUUGCUGACAGGGAAGGUGACAUUGUGUGUGAGGUAGCAGCUGAGUACCCAGACAGGACUCCUCUGAAAAGUGUAAAAUAUGUGGUGAAGACUGUGACAGAAGCUCAGGACUCUGCUGGAACCCAGGCCAUUGUGUACAUCAACAUCAUCGGCAGUCAGGGAGAUUCUGGAAAACGGUGUCUGAAAAAUAAUCUUGAUGAGAAUGAAAAGUUCGCCAUUGGAAAGACAAACUACUUCCACAUUGAAGCGAUUGAUCUUGGAGCACUUCAGAAGAUAUGGAUCGGCCAUGACGGUUCUGGUCCUGACUCUGCUUGGAAGCUGCAGUGUGUUCUAGUCAGAGAUGCAGACGCCAAGACCAGAGAGAGUUUUGUGUUCCCCUGGGGAAAGUGGCUUAGCUCUGAGGAACAAUCAGAAGCUGUGAUCAUUGUGGCAGACGAGAUGGUGUCGGAGGAUGUGGAUGGGCCAAGUCAAGAUGAACCUGCAGACGGGGAAUUAAAGUUGGAACUUCCCUAUACCAACCGCACUGAAAAUGAUCAGCCGACCUUGAGAACAGACGAAGGUUAUCAGGAAGACUAUGGCCCAUCAGAUACAGAUGCCGCUCUCACGGCAAGGAUGUACACAGCCUCGGAUUCCUCUGUUGAUCCGUUCUCUCAACGAAAUGUGGGUGAGACUGCUAGAGAUGAAAGCGUUAUUGACGAAGAAAAUGAAAACAGUAAUAAGGAAUCACCCGCCAGUUUGGCUCUGGUUGAUACUGCUCGAGAAACUGAAGUUGUUGGGGCAGGAAAAGAGAAAGAUGCUGAAGAUGAUGUGCCUGAAGAUGAAAUUGUUGAUACAACACAGGAGAAUGCUCAAGACGAGGCUGGGAAAGAUGAUGGUAGUAUUGCAGCUGAGCAGAAUGAUGAUGAAGUCGGAGAAGAAGACAAUGUCACUGCAAGAGAAGAUGUAGACACGGCCAAGGAAGAAGACAAUUCUGGUGCAGCUGAGGAGGAAGAAAAUGACCCCAACAAAGAAGAAAAUGACCCCAACAAGGAAGAAAAUGAGGUUGCUCAAGACACAGAAUGCGAUGAUGCAGCACAUGAUACAGUUGAUGACACUGAUAAAGCCGAUGAUACUGUAGAUACAAACAGAGAUGAUGAUGAUGAAGCCACGGAAGCAGAAACCAAGAGUCAAUCAGGUGAACAGGAGCCCGGUUCGGAGACAGACAGGACUGAAAAUCCCGCUGAAGAAAAAGAACAGGAUGAUCAUUCUUCAGAUCCAAAAGCAAAUGACAAUGUCGACACUAAAAGUAAAAGUGAGGCUGAUGAGAUUAACGACCAAAGCAGUAACGAAGCUGCCAGGGACGAUGGUGAGGGAGAUGGAAACAGUGAGAGUCAAAAUGACCCAGAUACUGCUUCUGGCAAAAAUAAACCUACUGAGGAAAACUCUGCCUCAAAUCGGAGUGAAAACGAAAAUGGUAAUACAGCACCAGAUGAUGUUGAUAAUGAAGAAAAUGUGGAAAAUCAGGCUAGUCAAGGGAAAGACGGUGACCAGAACCCUCAAGAUCAAAAUGCGGUGAGUGAUGACUGAAUGAAAUAUGAAUGCAGGACAGGAUUAGCGUGAUCGCGUUUAGUUGACUUAACACUCAAAUAUGAAAUAGAGAGUUUGGUGACGAAGCAGGAAUAAUAUGUGCAAUGGCAGGAAUGAAGCAAUAUAUUAUGAAUUUUCAGAGUCUGAGUUGUCAAUAGUGCAAGAUUUAUGUGUAUAGCACAGAAUAUGCUGUUUUGACCUGUUGAAAAAAAGAUACCAAGCUGUACUAGCGUACUGCAAGCCUCUCUUGUUUCACCCGUUGUCUAAAAUGUACAAAAUAUAAAGUGUCAUAGAGGGGAAAAAAAGAGAAAAGAGCUUUGUGAAUGGCUGGGACAGCUGUGGAACAAAUAUAUUCCGUCAUGUCUACUAUGGUGUAAGAACACAUGAAAGUCUUAAAAUUUAACUUAAAAAAUAUGGCCAAACACUUGGUAUUAUUUCGUCAUUAUUCAAUGGUCGUGAUUGUAAUACAUCGAAUGCUGUUACUUUCAUGCAGCUUUAACUGCGAAUCUUAAUCAUUUUACUAUUUUUGUACCUUUUGAUAUCAAAGAUGCCUGGCCAAAAGAUAAUACAAUCAUAUUAACACAUCAUGUAAUACACUGUUCAUUUGCUCAGUUUCCCUUUCAAAUUUAUCAUGAUUCAAAAGUAUUAAUGUAAAGGCUUCCACUCUUAACUUAGUUUACACCACAUCAUUUUUCUCCUCUUAAUUUUUUGUUUGUAAUUUCUUCGGGGAACUUGCGUUGUUGUAGAUCUUGAUAGAUAAACAUGAAUAAGACUUGAGAGUGAAAGUAGAUCUACAUAACAGUAAUAUUCAACUUUGAAGACAUUUUUUUGCUAUAUAUGAUGAUUGUUUGGCAGCUUUCUGUUGUUGUCACAUGCAAUUGAUACACAAAUUAUUCACGACUUAGAAAACAAGAAGACAUAAUUGAGAACUUAAAUCUUAUAACUUCAUUCCACUAAUUUGACAAUUUGAUCUCUUCUCCUUGUUUACGUGACUUUUGAACCUUUUUAUAUUUAUCUAUUUAUUUUGUAUCUUUCCAUAUUGAUAAGUGUUGUUAACUUUGAAACAGACUGAGGUGUAUCAUUGUCAUCAUACUUGACACUUAGAAAUGUUGUAUCACGAAUCAUGGUCUUUCAUAUUGUGUUGGCAACUGAAGUCACAUGAAUGCAGUAUAUCAAAUGUCUAAUGUAACUCACAGCACUUGCACUCCAGAAAUUUUUCUCAGCUGAGUAUAUGUGAUUUAUUUUUGUAUAUAUAAUAGAAUAAUGCAGAUUCUAAAGGUCAUUUCAAAGAAUAUUUGUCUCUAUCACAAAGACGAAAAAAGAAGAUAUGAUAGUGAUUCAUUCUGUCAUGUAGAACUUAACAGUCCUGUCAGUGAGUCAAGUUGACUCUGUACAAAACACUGAUUUAUGUCUGGACACAGUAUUUUACUUAAAUGAUUUUAUUAUGAAUUAUAGCACUAAGUAUAACCUUAAAGAUUGGAGAAAUAUCAAUAUGUAAUGAUAAUACAUCGUCAACAAUCUCCUACAGCCUUUCAAUUUGUCACUUCUGGACAUUAAUUCUCACAAAGCACUAAAAUGUCAGAAGUGUGAAUGAGUUAAAUUCGCCUUUAAUUUUUUUAAUAAGAUCUAUGUAUUUCUAGCAUAUUUGGGGGCCCUGGGGAGAAAGCUAAAAGAGACCCGUAUAAUGGUCGUACUCUUCUCAAAGACAGGUUACAGUGAUAAUGCAUAAUGCUUCCUGCCUGUUUUUUUUUAUUGUUGUUGUUUGUCUCAAUCACAAGAACCUGCGCAACGCCUGUUAUUCAAUGUGAUGAUUUAUUUUCAUUGUCAGAAUUGUCAUACUUUUGGGUUUUUUCCUGCGAUUUCUUUCUUUUUUUUUUUCUUUUUUUUUUUUGGUCUUUUGUUGCCUGACUACUUUUGGUUGUCGAAGUUUGUGUAUUGGAAUAUCUUCAGAUACAAGUUUGCGUUUCUGAUCUGUUUUAUGCUUUUCUUGCAUGGUAAAGGUAGAUUUUUUUUCUUCAGUUUUCCUACUUUGUGGUUUUGUCCUUUCUAAAAACUGUCAGUGUUGUUGUAUUUUCUGUAAUUUGUUAUUAUGGUUACCAUGAUUCAAAUGGUUGCAACCAGUAGAAGGUUUCAUGAAUGUUUUUCUGUUCAUAACAAACAGGAUGUUGACAUAUAAUGCUUUUAUUUUCUACUUUAGUUCCAUGGAAUCCAGAUAGUGGAAUAACCUUUUGACCUGUGUCAUCUGCAUCUCAAGUGUGACAUUAGGUUGAAUUUCUUCAAUGACAUACAUAAAUUUACAUUUUUUCUUUACAAGUAAGCAUAAUUUGCAUUUUUUUUACCCACUCAGCAUUGGUUUUAAUUAAGAUCUGAGUCUUAUACAAUAAUGUUGUGUAACAUGUGAUUGGAUUUUUUCCAGGCUUACAGUUGACUGAGAUAGUAUCAAAUUCUAUCAUUUGGUUGCAUUGAAUUUUGAAGUAUGAAUGCUACUUUUUUUUAAACAUAAGUAUUCCUUAUAUUAUUAUAUUUAUUAUCUUCUCAAGAGUUACAGGACUCAAUUUUCUCCAGUAGUUGUUCAUGUUAAAAAUGAAAAAUGUUCUGUUUUGUGAUUUGUAACUGUGAUACUAUUAGAAACAUUCCUAGCCUAAUAUAAAGUAACACAGUUUAUUCUAUUGUGAUUGAAAUAGAGUCAUGUUUAUAUUGUAUCAUUGACAUAAAACUUACAUUAAAGGUCAAGGUAAAUCCUGAAAAACA